AUGAAAUUGUUCGAACUUAAUAAUGAAAAGUACCACAUGGGACAUUUAGUGUGGGAUGGUUUGAGAACCUUUCCCGAUACAAUUUGUCAGAUAGACGCUGCAACGGGUGAAAGCGAGACAAACGCAUCAGUUCUCCGUCGGUCGGUGCAAUUCGCGAGAUGUCUUCUUCGCUUCGGCGUUCAACCCGGCGACGUUAUGGCGCUGAGUGGUAGAAACCACCUCGACUUGCACAUACCCUACUACGCUGCACUCAUGAUCGGAAUGCCUGUUUCUGGUUUAGAUCCAGAAUUCAAAUAUACUGAAAUAAAAGUUCAAUAUGAGAUAUUAUGUUCUCCCAAGGUUGCGUUUUGUCAAAAGGAACGCCUCGAGGACCACUUACAAGCUAUUAAAAACCUAGGUUUGGACACGAAAUUAAUCUGCUUUGAUGAUGGAGAGUACUCCAUGAAGAAAUUUAUUCAGGAGUAUGAUGACGGUUGUGAUGACACAGAGUUUGAGCCAUUAGACUUCGAUUUGGACCAAAUUUAUGGCUGGCUCUUAAGUACAAGUGGCACCACAGGCGUAAUAAAGGUUGCUGCCUGUAAACAUAGAAUGGUUUUAAAAAAGUGGUUUGAGUUGUUAAGGCCCAUGAUUAAAGCGUUUCCAUGUGAUGGGGACUUAAUAAAAAAUGACAAGAACUUGCGAAUACUUAAUUUGUCUUCGGUGCAGUGGAUAUCUUUUGCCUUUGAAGGACUGACCGGGCCCGCAUUACGUGUCACCAAUAUCAUGACGUCAGCCCCCUCCACCACAGAGCAUAUUAUUGAUAUAAUUAAUGCGUAUAAGCCAGUACUGACAACGAUGGUGCCUUUUAUGGUCGCAAGUAUUCUGAAGAGUAAGAAGGAAUGCGAUCUCAGUUGUUUCGAUAGUAUCACGAUAUCGGGAUCAAAGACUCCUGAGAAUUUACUUUUGCAAUUACGGGAUAGAUUGCUUCCUGGCACAAUAGCCAAUGAGAUCUAUGGACAGUCGGAGAACUUAGGACCCAUAUUAAGCCCGAAUCCAUCGGGGCCGAUUGGAAACUGUGGCCAUUGUCCAUUCGAGUGGCAAAAAAAUGUCAAAUUGGUAGAUCCAGAGAAUAACAUAGAAAUAAAGGAACCGAAUGUGCCAGGAGAGAUGAUAACUAAAAUAACUGGUUUUUCUGAAUACUAUAACAAUCCGGCAGAGACUAAAAAUGCAUUCACAGACGACGGAUGGUUCAAAACAGGAGACAUUCUGUACAGAGAUGAAGGAGGCAACUAUUUCUUUGUGGAACGAUUGAAGAUGCUCAUCAAAUAUCGUGGGUACCAUAUAAGACCUUCAGAAAUAGAAACUUUAAUCUUAGAGCACCCUGGCGUCAGUGACGUGAGUGUGACAAGCAUUCCUGACGAAGAAGAUGGAGAACAUCCGGUAGCUUGCGUCGUGAGGAAAAUAGGCAGCAACGUUACUGCGCAGGAGAUCAAGGACCUUGUAGCUAGUAAACGAUCAAAUUCUCAACAGUUGAGAGGCGGUGUGGUGUUUUUGAAUGAAAUCCCGUUAACGUCUACAGGAAAGAUCGCUCGCGGUAAAAUAAAGCAGAUAGCACUGACCGCUCAGAGGGAAUAG